UCUCGAACCUCUGCUUUUGCCUUGAGAGCCUUCAAUGUGGAACUGGCUCAGGCAGAUUAAAGACUCCAUAACCCAGAAGACUACAGGUUUGAUGCGAAUGCAGUUCUGGAGGAAGGCUGUGGAAGAUAUAUACUGUGAUAACCCACCACAUCAGCCAGUUGCUACAGAAUUGUGGAGGGCUGUCAAGAGGCAUAACUUGACUAAAAUGUGGUUCAUGAAGAUCAUUGAUGAAAGAGAGAAGAAUUUGGAUGAUAGAGCGUACCGUAACAUCCAGGAGCUUGAAACGUAUGCUGAGAACACUCAGAGUGCUCUCUUGUACCUCACCUUGGAAAUGCUGGGUGUGAAGGACAUCCAUGCCGACCAUGCAGCCAGUCACAUUGGGAAAGCACAAGGCAUAGUUACCUGUUUAAGAGCAACUCCGUAUCACAGUACGAGACAAAAGGUCUUUCUUCCCAUGGACAUUUGUAUGUUGCAUGGAGUUUCACAAGAGGAUUUCAUAAGAGGCAAGCAAGAGAAAAAUGUGAGAGAUGUAAUUUAUGACAUUGCCAGCCAGGCCCAUAUUCAUCUAGAACAUGCUAGAUCUUUCCGUAAGAAAGUUCCUGUGAAGGCAUAUCCUGCUUUUUUCUGUACGGUUGCUUUAGAUGAUUAUUUACGUAAUAUGCGAAAAGUGGACUUCAAUAUAUUUCAUCCAAGCUUACAAAAGAAGAGUACAUUAUUAGCAUUGCAUUUAUAUAUUAGAUCUUGGAAAAAAACCUAUUAA